AUGCCUCUUUACAACGUCACCCUGAAGAAGGACUCUCCUCCCGAGGAGUUGGAAAAGGCCAAGCAGCAGGCUACCGAGAAGGGCGGCACCAUCAAGCACGAGUACACUCUCAUCAAGGGCUUCACUGUUGAGUACCCCGAGGACAACGUCAACGCUCUCGACUUCAACGAGCACCUGCACGUCGAGCAGGAUGGCGAGGUCCGCACUCAAUAA